CUGGAAAUAUACAGAACAGAGAGAUUGAUAUAUACGGAGGAGCAGGGAUACGUGUGUAUGUGGGUGCAUUACUGGAGCGUGACUACCUGCUAUUCUGGGAGCAGGCUGCUUAUGAACUGCCAGCACUGCAGGGAUUUCAUCUAAAGGAAUUCUAAAGUGAGCUGGGACAGAAAACAUUGUAAUAGGGGUAGGAUGAACGAGACUGGAGUUUGCUGCCUCCUUAAUCAGCACUUAGAGCGCAGACUACAGAGGUUCAGACAGAAUGAUGAGUAAACUAGAGGACAAGAAGGAGCAGAUGAUACCAUGAAGAGAAGUUCACAGGCCCUCUGUUGCCAUCUGUUUAGUGUUCUACUUGUUCUGGCACUGGCAGAGAAAGAUACAUUUGUCGUAAAGGAGUCAUUUCCCACAUCGCCAUCUUACCAAGUUCUGAAAGAAACAACCACAUAUGCUGCAAUGGUGAGGCCGACUCACAGUUUUGAUCCUGUAAGUAAACUGAGAAAGUCUAGAACAUGGCACCCUCAGAAGUCAACGCCAACUCUGGUAACACCACUUCCCAAUAGUCGGGAUGUUACACAUUCAGGAAAUAUCUACAGUGAAAGGAAUGUAUUUCAGAAAGUCACAGAGUCCUUAGAGCCUUACCUUAAAACAGAACAUUCUGCAAGAACUGCAUCAACCAAUGAUAAUAGCAGUGGCUCUGUGCUUGCUUUCCUUAAAGACGCUUUUAUUCGUGGUUGGAGGUUGCAGGGCCUUAGUCAAGAGGAGCUCAUGGGUGGAGGAUUGCCCACCUCAGCAAGUGACAUGCCAGACAACACUGAAGUAGUCUCGGUGCCUUUCAAACUCAACUACUAUAAAUUAUGGGAUGUAUUAAACAGAAAUAGUUCACUGCUCUCUAUAAGGCAAGCAAAGAACGGAACUACUUUAGCAGUUCAAACUGUUGCCUCAUCCUACCCUGAAAAGACUUCCACUGAUGCCAGAAUUCCAACCAAUGAACCAGGGAUCUACAAGGAUAUCAGUAUCAAACAACACAGUGUUGCAAACAAAGAUACUUCACUGGAUAUUAAUUCACCCACAGAUUUAUCUGCCAUGGUUUCUGUCACCAUCUCCACAGCUGCCUACACAGCAACAGGAAAUUUUCUUAAUAGGCUGGUGCCUGCUGGAACAUGGAAACCUGGAGUGCCUGGCAAUAUUUCCCAUGUUACAGAAGAGGGCAGUCAUCCUCAGCACAAAGAGACGAUAUGUCUUGGCAAAAUGGAUAUAGUAUGGAUCUUUCUAGCCAUCAGCGUGCCAAUAUCUUCUUGUUCUGUGUUACUAACUGUGUGCUGUAUGAGACUGAAGAAGAAGGCCUCUAACCCAGAGAAUAACCUAAGCUACUGGAACAAUGCAAUAACCAUGGACUACUUCAACAAGCAUGCCGUGGCUUUACCUCGAGAGAUUCAGUCGCUGGAAAUCUCAGAGGACCACCUUUCAGAACCACGCUCACCAGCCAAUGGAGAUUACCGAAAUAGUGGAAUGGUUCUUGUCAACCCGUUCUGUCAGGAAACACUUUUCACUGCACAGGAGCAAGUCUCUGAAAUAUGAACGUGAUUGUGCCAGGAAGAACUUUAUUAUUUGCUUUUAUACAUAACUGAAUUAGAAUGAAGUUACAGCAAGUGGUAGCUCAUCUUUAAGAGUAUGGUUCCAGACACAUAAUAGGUUGCUGAACUGAAUUGAGCUGACUUCACUGCAUCUGGAAAAUCCAUCCUUCUUGCAGAUUUCUGUAACCACCGACAUAUAUGUUAUAAAUAUGCUUUGUGUAGCCCCUUUACCCCUCUUAUGACUUCAGACCUUUUCAGCUUGUUUACCUAAGAAAUGUCAUCUUUUUACAAUUGUGGUAAUACUUUACAAGACAAAUUGUGGCUUUAUAAAUAAACUUAUUUAUAUGUAAAAAAAAAA